ACAUUGACAAAAAUAAUUAAAACAGCUCGAUUUUGAAUCAUUUGAAUGAACUUUAUUAAAAACAAAUAAUUGAGUCGGCAAACAUUAGCUACUCCACCAUUAUUUUACAGCACUAACACGAGCGGACAAGCAUUUUACACAAAAUAUUAACAUAAACAAACCAACACCAGCACUCAGGAUUCAAUUAAUAUCCUCUUUACACAGUACUUCUGCUGUCAGCCGUAGCCUUCCAUCAAAUCAAAAUACGAAAGCAGAGCACUGACCAAAUAACACAAGUCAUUACGUGCACUGUUCAUCGAAGCAAUCGAAUUAAACGCUGAGCCACUUGAGCCUAAUUUCCAAACAACGAAUCCCUGUCACCUGCAUUUUUAGUUUCGCAAAUCGCCACCGAUUCAGACUGUCAAUUCCAUUCCUAAGCAGCAAACUGCAGCGCCUACUGAGCAACAAGAUGAGGCCAACCGGCGAAGUGGUGGCCGCCCUGCGCUCCCUCAUGCAGAACCUCCCGAACAGUUUGGGCUCGAUAAACGCUUACAUCAUUCCCUCGGACGAUGCCCACCAGAGCGAGUACUUGGCCAAGCGGGACGAACGCCGCGCCUUCAUCUCCGGGUUCGACGGUAGCGCCGGAACGGCCGUCGUCACCGAUCGGGAGGCACUCUUGUGGACCGAUGGCCGCUACUACCAGCAGGCCGGUAAGCAGCUGGACGAACAGUGGACUUUGAUGAAGGACGGACAACCGACGACGCCCACCAUCGAUGCGUAUCUGGCCAAGGUCCUGGAGCCGGGCUCCAAGGUAGGAGUCGACGCAAACCUCAUCUCCACCAGAGCCUGGAAUCCCCUGCACACAUCCCUCAAGUCCGCCGGAUGCUCGCUUCUUCCAAUCGUUCCAAACCUCAUCGAUCUGGUGUGGAAGGAUCAACCGGCAGCUCCCCAACAUGCCAUCAUCCCACUCCCAGUGAACUUCACCGGUCAAAGCGUCGCCCAAAAACUGGCCGCCGUUCGCGAAAAGAUGACCGACAAGCGAACUUCCGUUCUUGUCGUGAGCGCCCUGGACGAAAUCGCUUGGUUCCUCAACCUGCGCGGAUCGGACAUCGAAUACAAUCCGGUGUUCUUCUCCUACGUACUGGUCACCCUGGACGAGUUGUACUUCUUCGUCGAUGAGAGCAAACUCUCCGGUGCUAUUCACGAACACUUCCGCUCGAAUGACGUUAAGCCGACGAUUCGCCCUUACGGAGACGUGCACCAGGUGCUCAAAUCCCUCGCCGAGUCUUCCUCCCACCGCGUGUGGAUCAGCUUGGGUUCGAGCUACGCCCUCACGGCACUGAUCCCGGAGGAAAAACGACUGCACGAGAUCACACCAAUCAACCUUAUGAAAGCGGUCAAAAAUGCGAUUGAAGCGAACGGAAUGCGCGAGUGUCACAUCCGGGACGGAGUGGCCUUGUGCCAGUACUUCUCCUGGUUGGAACGAACGCUUAAGGAGGGUAAAGCGGUGGACGAGAUCAGUGGCGCCGAUCAGUUGGAGCAGUUUCGUAGCAAACAGGACAAGUACAAGGGUUUGAGCUUCACCACGAUAAGUGCAUCGGGACCGAACGGUUCGGUGAUCCACUAUCACCCCUUACCGGAAACCAACCGACCCAUCACCGACAAAGAAAUGUAUUUGUGCGAUUCCGGGGCACAGUUUUUGGACGGUACCACGGACGUAACUCGGACCCUGCACUUCGGAACACCCUCCGCGGAGGAGGUGACGGCAUUCACCCAUGUGCUGAAGGGUCAGAUCGCACUGGGAACGGCUAUCUUUCCGCGUAAGGUCAAGGGCCAGUUCCUGGACACGAUUGCGCGCAAAGCCCUGUGGGAUGCCGGAUUGGACUACGGACAUGGCACCGGGCACGGUAUUGGGCAUUUCUUGAACGUUCACGAGGGACCCAUGGGAAUCGGUAUCCGUCUGAUGCCAGACGACCCCGGACUAGAGGAGAACAUGUUCCUGUCCAAUGAGCCCGGUUACUACAAAGUGGGAAAGUUCGGCAUUCGCAUCGAGGACAUCGUCCAGGUGGUUUCGACCAACAUCGGGGACAAUUUCGAUGGACGCGGAGCGUUGACGUUCCGUACGGUGACCAUGUGUCCCAUUCAGACGAAGCUGAUCGACGUGAAACUGCUGACGGAGAAGGAACGUCUGAGCAUUAAUCGGUACCACAAGACCGUUUGGGAGACGCUUUCGCCACUGCUGAAGUCGGCCGGAGACGCCGAAACGUUGGCUUGGUUGGAACGGGAGACGCAGCCCAUUUGAUUGCCGUCAGGUUGAUGCGGUUAUCCGGAACGGGAACAGGAUAUUUUUAUGAAUAAAUUUAUUAUCGAAAAUGAAAA